UUACUAUAGACCGCACUACAUGGUUAAAAAAAAAUAAAAUAUUAAUAAAUAAAAGCCGAAUGCCUUGGAGUGUGUCGAUGUAAAAUAUUACAUUUUUAAAGUGCAUGCUAAGCACCGGGAUAUAGCUGGGACUGACAUCAAGCGAGCAAACCAAAGGAAAAAACCAAAAACCCUUUAAGCCUCUUUACACUGUUGUAUACUAAGACGUGAGGUUUUAUAAGGAUUAUAAAAACGUGAGCUCCCUACAUCCCCUAAUCAUGAGAGCUUCAUUGGAAGCCGCGGAUAUUGCCAUCGUCGCAUUGUAUUUUGUGCUGGUUUUAUGCUUUGGAUUCUUUGCCAUGUGGAAAUCAAACAGGAGUACCGUGAGUGGAUACUUUCUGGCAGGUCGCUCCAUGACCUGGGCUGCUGUUGGUGCCUCACUAUUUGUAAGCAAUAUUGGUAGCGAACAUUUUAUUGGACUGUCCGGAUCGGGAGCAGCAAGUGGAUUUGCAGUGGGUGCAUGGGAGUUAAAUGCCUUGUUGCUCUUACAACUCCUUGGAUGGGUCUUCAUUCCAGUAUAUAUACGCUCUGGAGUAUAUACUAUGCCCGAGUAUUUGUCAAGACGUUUUGGAGGACAUAGAAUCCAAGUCUACUUUGCAGUAUUAUCUUUGAUUUUGUACAUUUUUACCAAACUCUCAGUGGACUUAUAUUCUGGGGCCUUGUUUAUUCAAGAAUCUCUUGGAUGGAAUCUUUACUUGUCUGUGAUUUUGCUUAUUGGAAUGACCGCUCUCCUCACUGUCACAGGUGGACUUGUGGCUGUUAUUUAUACAGAUACUCUCCAAGCUUUUCUCAUGAUUAUCGGAGCCCUUACUCUUACCAUCAUCAGCUUUGUACAAAUUGGUGGAUUUGAGGAAGUCAAAAGGAGAUACAUGUUGGCAACCCCAAACAUUACAUCCAUAUUACUGACCCAUAACUUUACCAGUACAAACUCAUGCCAUGUUUCACCAAAGCCAGAUUCCCUCAGGAUGCUGCGUGAAGCGAACGACGAAGACGUUCCUUGGCCCGGGUUUAUCCUGGGCCAGACUCCUGCCUCAGUGUGGUAUUGGUGUGCCGACCAAGUCAUUGUGCAAAGGGUGUUGGCUGCAAAGAACAUAUCACAUGCCAAAGGAGCAACUCUCAUGGCCGGUUUCCUGAAGAUCUUGCCAUUGUUCAUUAUAGUAAUUCCUGGGAUGAUUUCGAGAAUACUGUUUGUCGAUGAUAUUGCUUGUAUAAAUCCAGAGCACUGUAUGGAAGUUUGUGGGAGCAGAGCAGGUUGCUCAAACAUUGCUUAUCCACGUUUGGUGAUGAAAGUCUUGCCUGUUGGUUUGCGAGGCCUGAUGAUGGCCGUAAUGAUUGCAGCACUGAUGAGUGAUUUAGACUCCAUAUUCAACAGCGCAAGCACCAUCUUUACACUUGAUAUAUACAAGUUUAUGCGAAAGACUGCCACUUCUCGAGAACUCAUGCUGGUUGGGAGGGUGUUUGUGGCUUUUAUGGUAGUUAUCAGCAUUGCUUGGGUGCCAAUCAUUAUAGAAAUGCAAGGAGGGCAAAUGUACCUGUACAUUCAAGAGGUGGCCGACUAUCUGACUCCUCCAGUGGCUGCUUUGUUUCUUUUGGGUGUAUUUUGGAAACGAUGUAAUGAGCAAGGAGCAUUCUAUGGUGGAGUGGUGGGUUUUGUUCUGGGAGUUUCACGUUUAAUUUUGGCAUUUGUUUAUCGCGUUCCUGAGUGUGAUCAACCUGACAACAGACCAAGCUUUAUUAAAAAUAUUCACUACAUGUACAUUGCCACUGCCUUGUUCUGGAUUACUGGAAUAAUUGCUGUCGUUGUUAGCCUCCUGACAUCCCCUCCAAAUAAAGAGCAAAUUAGGACCACUACAUUUUGGGCACUUAAAAACAAAACGGUCAAAGAAAUAACCCACAAAGAGGAAUCCUACAAGGAACAAGAGAAAACAAUUGUACAUUGCACUGAUAAUGAUAUAAAACAAGUAAUUCCCAACGGGAAGUCAGAUGACCACAUUAAAAAUAUCCAAACGGAGGACAUUACUCUUCUGAUGACUUACAAAGAUGACAAUAACCCUCUGAGCCCAUUAAGUGUCUCUGAAGCAGAGACACCGGUGGAUUGCUAUUCCAAUGGACAAGCAGCUCUCAUGGGUCAAACUCCAAAAGAGGGGAUUGCCAAGGGCAAGAGCAAAUGCUCCACAUUUUUUGACUGGUUCUGUGGCUAUAAAAGCGAGACUGGUGACAAAAAAACUUUCAAAGAAGAGGUGGAGGAUGAAGCAGUUUGUUUAAAAAUGUUGGAAGAGACUCCCCUUGUUAAAAUAAUUCUCAACACUGGAUUGGUCUGUGUAUGUUCUGUGGGAAUUUUCAUGUUUGUUUAUUUUUCAUUAUAAAUGUAAAAUCUGCCUUCUACAGGAGUAGACAAUAUCUUGACUAUUACAAAAGCAAGGCCUUUAAGACUAUGAUAAUUUUCUUUGACUUCUCAAUCUUUCAAGGCAUUGUUUACUUGUUUUAUUUUUAUUUGUCUUUGUUUUUAACCAACGUAAAUAGAAAGCACUUAGAAGGGGGAGAAGGGUUUCUCCCAAAAAAAUUGUCCUAGUAUUUCUACCAAAUAUGUAAUUUAUUAUUGAGAAUGGAGUGUUUACUGGGAGGCAUUGAAAUGUGUCGAAGUAGGGUUUUCCUUAUUUGGUCUAAAUGGAAAGUGCUGUGGCACAAUAAAUUAUUAAACCUAAUUUCUUUUAUUUCUUUUUCUUUUUAAAGUUUUGAUGUUGCCUUAAUCCCCAAUCUUCACUUUCCUAGUAAUAUCCGUAAGACCAAAAUCAAGCUUGCUUAGAAUCAUCGAAAUUUCACAUGGUGGAACUUUUUUGUAUAUAAUGCUUUUUUUUUUUCUAAUGUUUUUCUGGAUUUAAAACACAAUUCAGAAAUUAAUUUGUUAAACUAAAGGAAAACAAAACUACCAGCACAUGGCAAUGAAUACUGCAAUUGAAAUGAAAAUAGAAUAUCCUUUCAUCUAAAGUAUAGAAAUCACUGUUCUAACAAUAUACUGUGCCUGUAAAUGUGUCCGCUCCAAUGAACUUGCAAUCUAAUUUGCGCUGAGAUGAGGUGACUUUUUAUACAUGACUAGGGAAUGUUCGUCCUUUAAAAUAGGUUUAACUCUAAGCCGUAGCUACCCCUUCAGGCUCAUGCUUCAAAUUGAGAACAAAUGCACACAGGGGAUUUUGAAAGUGGACCUGUCACCCACCCAACUAGUAGUGGAAUUUAAACAUACUUAAUCUUGGCACUACAGAGCUUUGUGAACUGUAUUUCAAUUUUCGGUCAUCAUGGGAAGUUAAGCUCAUAAACCUGCAGGAUCGAGAAUAUUUAUUUAUCACUGGUUUCAUCAUUGUAGUUUGAUAGUAUGCAAAGUUUAAUGACAGGUGGCAAAACCUGUCUAAUGACGUUCCCAACCUAUAGUGUUUGCUUCUAGAGCUGUGAGACUCAAAACGCAAUGACCUUCAAUAAAGUCAAUUUUAAAAUUGCCCAAAUAGAUGAACGGAGAGCAUCCGUAAAGCAACACUAUAGUAUUAAGAAUACACAUUUUUUUAUUCCUAACACUAUAGUGCUCCUGUCACUAGCUGUAUUAGGUUCCCUGUUUGUCAAUUUUUAAAAAUAAAAUAAAUGAUU